GUUGCUUAAUAAUUUCAAUAUUUAUAAAUUAGUAUAUGCACAAAGAAAAUUGUAUAUUUCAUACUUCGUUCAACAUCUGCAUAUGUUUGCUACAAUCAGCGAAUUUUAUUAUCAUAGAUAAGAUAACAGGUAAAAAGAUUUGCAUCCUACAUAACUCUCAAGGUAGAACCAACAUGGCUGGACAAGUAAGCUUGCCGAUAAUAAUCAUUCUCAUAAAUUUGGAAUACGUGAAAGGAGAGAACCUAUGGUGUUACCAAUGCAAUACCAAUCUAAGAAGCGGUCAUACAAGAGAAUGCAACGAUCCUUACAUUCCAGCACCUUAUUCUGACUUAGUUCUCUGUCCUCAAAACGAGUCGCAACAUUGUCUUAAAAGCAUCAUCGACUAUGGGGACGUGUUGGUGACAGUGCGAGGUUGCGUAUUGUCAAGAGAAAUCGAUGGAUACUGCCAACCAGAGAAACAUUUUCCGGGAUCUAGCGUUGCAUGUUCUUUCUGCAAAAAUUACGCUUGUAACAAUCAAAAUUCUAUUCAUAUAUUCUUUUUACGUAAUUUAGUAUUUAUAUUUGCUUUGAUUGGUGUAAUAUUGUAUUUACAGUAAUAUUUAUUUUAUGUCUUAUUUAAUUCCUAAGCAUUUCAAUCACGAAAUAUUAAAUUAC